CGUGAAUAAGAGAGCGAGAGGGGGCGGGGGCUGGGUCGCCGUGUUGUGACGCCCGAGGGGACCUCAGAGCCUCCUCGCCCUUCCUCAUCUCUCCCCUGCCGCGGCUUCCCUUUCUGUGGUAGCUCGGCUCUGCGGUUCUCCUACUGGACAGGGCAAGCGGGAGGGCGGGGGAAAUGGCUGAGACCAUCGCGGACACCAGGCGCCUGAUCACCAAGCCGCAGAACCUGAACGACGCGUACGGCCCCCCGAGCAACUUCCUCGAGAUCGACGUCAGCAACCCGCAGACGGUGGGGGUGGGCAGGGGCCGUUUCACGACCUACGAGGUCAGGGUCAAGACAAAUCUUCCUAUCUUCAAACUGAAAGAGUCUUGUGUUAGAAGAAGAUAUAGCGACUUUGAAUGGCUUCGAAGUGAACUUGAAAGAGAGAGCAAGGUUGUUGUACCUCCGUUACCUGGAAAAGCUUUUCUCCGGCAAUUGCCUUUUAGAGGAGAUGAUGGCAUAUUUGAUGAUUCCUUUAUAGAGGAAAGGAAGCAAGGCCUCGAACAAUUCAUAAACAAAGUUGCUGGUCACCCGUUGGCACAGAAUGAGCGCUGUCUUCAUAUGUUCUUGCAAGACGAAGUAAUAGACAAAAGCUACACACCAUCCAAAAUAAGACAUGCUUGAAUGCUGCACCACAUGUUAACUGGCAUAAAUGGUUUGAAUCCAUCCUGAAUUAGCAUAAGAACAAGGGCAUCCCCACCUUACCAUCUUCAGCCAAUAUGAAACUUACCUGAUCUUGUAAUGAUAGAGUGGAAAAAGCUGGGACGCUCUUUGCCCAUUUGAUACUCAUGAAGAGAAGCCUUGCUGCAGACUCACAAACUGAUUCAGUAGCCACUUCGUAAAGGUACAUGGGCGUACCGCUGACUUCAUGUGGAUACUAAAUAUUAAAGAGGUUUUAUUAAAAGUACAUAUUUUGGGAAAUAAUCAGCAUGAUCUUAUGACUGGCUUAGAGAUGCCACUUUUAAUGACUUGCUUUGUUAUAUAAUCCAUUUUUUAUGAAGAAAAGUAAUAUUAAAAUGGGGAGAACACAAAAUGGGAGAUGGUGAGACUAAGGGUGCCAUCCUAUGCACACUCUGAAGAAAAGAGGCCUGCAACUCUCAGCAUUCUCCUGCUUACAUGAUGGACUGACAGGAAAUACUCAGAGUUGCAGUUUGCACAGGAAUACCCUGUUAAGGAGUCAGUGCUUAUAUAAGGAUCUUAAGAUCUCCCUAAAGGGGAAACUAUUAUUCAUUAAUAUAUUUUAUUAUAAUAAUACUUAUAAUAAAUAUUUAAAUAACUGGCAGCUUUAUUUUGACAGAAAGGUCAAUGCGUAUUUACAUUUGGCUUGGGUGAUAAGACAAUAUUAGAAUAUUAUAGAAUAUAAUAUUAGAUUAGAAUACUAGGAUAUUAGGCACAUGGAAGAAUGUCCUAUUCAGGAAGCUCAGUCUCAUGAACCACUGUGCAAAUAAACAGUUUUUUAAAAUGAAGCACACUGGGUUGAAUCCAAGCUUUAACUCCCAUGAAUUGAGGGCUUCUUAUUUUCAUGGAUGCUUGUAAUCUAGCAGAGGAAUCCUGGAAGAAUGGAGGAGGUGUGAUUUUGUUGAUUCCUCCACCCCGCGCACACACACACACACCACAUAUACUUAUUAAAAUGUGAGUUAUCAGGUUGUCUGAAUCCAGUGAACAAACCAUGGUGGACAACCCACCGUUCAUAACCUAACAACCAACCAUGGAUUCUCUUCAUGGGUUGUUUCCAGUUACCAAGCCAUGGUUUGUCAGUACAGCAGGAUUCAGAAAACAUAAUUAUCUAUGUUUCAACAACAAUCCACACUUGACCCAUACUCAAUCCUCAAAGGUGGGUUAUGUUGCCUGAACCCAGUUAAAGCCUUGCUAGUUAACAUAUAGGCAACUGGUGUAUGAGAGGACAGUGAGGGCUUCUCCCCUUUCCCCCAAGACGGCUGGAGUAGUUGCCUGCUGACUCUUCAAGCAUCCUUUCCCAACCUUGGCCCCCAGACAUUAUUAGAUCGUUACAACUCCUAUCAUCCAGCACAGAGAAGGUGGAAGUUGUACUUCAACCACAUCUGGGGACCCAUGAUUAGGAAAGCCUGACAGGUUUCCCUACUUGCUUCAGCUAAUCAUUCAUUUGAAGGAAUUAUUUGAGGUCAUGAUAUAGGGAAGCUCAGCUUACAAGACCUCUUUUAGUACUUUCCAUGAUAUUGUAAUGCAUGGAGUUGCACUGAUGUUAUGUCUCAGUCAUGACACAAUUAGAGAAGGGUUGUUGAUUCUGCUGUGCUUGGACUGACUCCCAGCUCUAAGUCUGGUGAAGCAGCAGGAUGCAAAAACAUUUCCUCUAUACUAGUGCAGUCGGAGUAAACUUUGAAAUUGAGUAACUCAUAAUGACAACACCCAUAACCAUUCCCCCAAAUACAGGCAGCUGGUUUGAUCCAUUAUAUAUCUGUAUUUCUGUCUGUGUGCACACCCUUCCAAAAAAGAGCCUAACACCCAGUUCAUUUGGAUCAGGUGAAAAAACUGUUGGUGCACCACGACUCCAUUGCUGGGUGGAGAUGGAGUAUGACAGCAGUAUGACAGCCGUGGUGCCCAGACUGUGGAAUGCACUCCCUAGAGAGGUUUGCCUGGCACAGAGCCUAUAUUCUUUUCAUCGCCAGGUCAAAACGCUUUUUAUUCAAGCGUUAUUUUAAAAAUUAGCAU